AUGUCGCCCUCAACACCAUGGACGAGUCGCCCUCGGCCAGAGCAACAACAAUCACCAGCAUCAAGUACAGCACUCACCAGCAACAUGUACAGCGCUGACCAGUAUCACACACAACAAUCAUCAACAUCCUAUGCAACAGUCACCAGCAUCAAGUACCUCACAGCAAUCGAAAGGGCUGCUAUGCGACACCAAACCCCAACCCAAACAACCAAAGCAGACUUCUUCUUCAACUACCAGCACAAGGCAAACUUCCGAAAGGAGUUUAAACACCUCGCAUCCUUGGAUUGCCUGAUCGACGAAGUCGCCGCUUGGGUAAACGUCCGCCAGCAAAUCCUGCUGAACGUCUCCCCCCCGAUGUACUCACCGACCUCACGACUUCAAAGCUCCGGAAGUUCUGUGAUAUGCUUGCGACCUCGACCCGAUUAUUCGCGCCGAGAUGCUAUUCGUCUACAAGCAGUACGAGCGGGAUCGCGUCGAACUUCUGCGAACCCGCAACCAGCAGCGCAUCGUGAAAGCUGGCUGAUCAGCGAGCUCCUCAACCACAUCGUCGCGAACAGCCUGGCCCAGAAGAAGGGCGGCACGGUCAAGUAUCUCAAGUUGAAGAAGCAAGGCAGAUAUAGACCCCAACGUUGCUGGAAGGGCGGAUGGAGGCACCCCGGUGAAAGCGUCAUCUACAAACCGUACAAGGCACCCGACGACAAUCUGGGAGGACGGGGAAAGAGUCUGAGGGGCCAGGUUAAACACCAGAGACAGCUAGGGCGUCAGCGGGACUGGAGGUGCGGAUGGCGGCAACACGGCGAAACUGUUGUCUGCCAACCGUACAAGGCACCUGACGAUGACAAUCUGGGAGGACGGGGAAAGAGUCUGAGGGGCCAGGCUGAACACCAGAGACAGCUGGGGCCUUAG